CAAUCGGCAGCCAAUGGCAUUGACAUGUAUGAUUGAUUAUUGUUCAACUCUCUCUCUCUCUCUCUCUCUCUCUCUCUCUCUCUCUCCAAAAUCAUUUACCUCUUCAAUCUUCAUCCACACACCCACACUUUUUACUUCUUCUUCUUCUUGCAUACGCCUGUUACCUCUCAAAGGUCUACCUAGUUGGUAUUUGUUUUCAUUAUUGGUUGCUGUGGUCUUUGGGUUUUAGUUACUUACUUGGUCACAUUUCAACCGCUGAGGACCUUUUUCCUUGCCUAACUUUACAUAACACACCCCACCCAUGGCGUCGGUAAGUGUGGUACCUGCAUCUGGAGUAAAAGAACCCAGUGGAAAUACAGUUGCCGCUGAAAAGUUGCCUGAUGAGAUGAAUGACAUGAAAAUUAGGGAUGACAGGGAAAUGGAGCCUGCAAUAGUUGAUGGCAAUGGGGCAGAGACAGGGCAUAUAAUCGUGACAACCAUUGGUGGUAGGAAUGGUCAGCCAAAACAGACAAUUAGUUACAUGGCCGAGCGUGUUGUUGGGCAUGGAUCAUUUGGAGUUGUGUUUCAGGCGAAAUGUUUAGAAACCGGAGAAGCUGUUGCCAUUAAAAAGGUUCUACAGGACAAGAGGUAUAAGAACCGAGAGCUACAAACCAUGCGCAUAUUGGAUCACCCAAAUGUUGUUGCCUUGAAGCAUUGUUUCUUUUCAACCACAGAAAAGGAGGAACUCUAUCUUAACCUUGUAUUAGAGUAUGUCCCUGAGACCGUGCAUCGCGUUAUUAAACACUACAACAAGAUGAAUCAAAGGAUGCCCAUGAUCUAUGUGAAACUAUACAGUUAUCAGAUUUUCAGAGCCCUGGCCUACAUUCAUGGUAGUAUUGGAGUGUGUCACAGGGACAUCAAGCCUCAAAAUCUAUUGGUAAACCCACAUACCCAUCAGGUGAAGCUAUGCGAUUUUGGAAGUGCAAAAGUUUUGGUAAAAGGAGAGCCAAACAUUUCUUAUAUUUGUUCGAGGUAUUAUCGAGCACCUGAACUAAUUUUUGGGGCAACUGAGUACACCACCGCAAUAGAUAUCUGGUCUGGUGGAUGUGUUUUGGCAGAAUUGCUGCUUGGACAGCCUCUUUUCCCUGGUGAGAGUGGAGUUGACCAGCUAGUGGAAAUCAUAAAGGUUUUGGGUACCCCAACAAGGGAGGAGAUAAAGUGCAUGAACCCCAACUAUACAGAAUACAAAUUUCCCCAGAUUAAAGCUCACCCAUGGCAUAAGAUAUUCCAUAAGCGGAUGCCUCCAGAAGCUGUUGAUCUUGUCUCCAGGCUCCUGCAGUACUCCCCAAAUCUUCGAAGCACUGCUUUGGAGGCAAUGAUCCAUCCGUUCUUUGAUGAGUUACGUGAUCCUGCUGCUAGGCUGCCAAAUGGGCGUUUCCUUCCACCACUUUUCAAUUUCAAGCCCCAUGAGCUUAAAGGGGUGCCUGUGGAGAUGGUUACCAAGUUGGUCCCUGAGCAUGCCAGGAAGCAUUGUGCAUUCCUUGGUCUGUAAAAAAAACACAAAAAGGAAGGAUACGUAUGUUUCUUCAUUUGUAGUUGUGUGCCUGCUGUCUAGAGAUGUAAAACCUAAAUGCUAUCCAAUAUCAAUAUGCUAUAUGCUAUGCUGACCCUCCUUGUGCAAAGUAAAAAGUAAAUGUAACCCCCUAUAUUCGUUUU